UCCAUCGCGGAACAGCGUGUAUGCCGGCUCUAGUCAGCGAUCAGUGCGCCGACUCGAGACUCUGCUGCCGUCGACUGCUGGGCACGCCACCAUGUGGGCUCCGUUGCUGUUGUUUGCGACUCACACGGCUGUCAGUGGAAUGUCUCUCAGCAUCCUGGGUACAGAUUGUCAGACUUCAGUGGGCACAAACGGGAGCUGCAUCAGAAGAAGCGAAUGUCAGUGGGCGCUAGAGGAGCUGAAACUCGGACGCCGCCCUAAAUACUGCCUGAACUCGCUCCCCACCGUGAUCGUCUGCUGUCCAGCCGAUGGUGCCACCACCCCGUCAGACGACCUGCCUCCUCCCGGGCUCAUGUCCAACCGGUCCAAGGCCGUGGGAGACGUUGCACGUAGAAAGUGCAAGGAGUACGGAGAGUUGGUCUACCAGGAAGUGGAAGUGCCUGCUCUCAUCGCCAGGCGGGAGCGCAGAAGCCAAUGCGUCUCCACGGUGAAGUCGCUGAUUGUCGGAGGUUCGAAAGCCGAGGCCAAGGAGUUUCCCCACAUGGCCUUGUUGGGCUGCCGCUGCGGCUCCUCUCACUUGGACUGCGACGGUGACUUGAACUUCUUCUGCGGGGGCUCACUCAUUUCCCCCAACUUCAUCCUCACUGCAGCACACUGCCUCUAUGCACGGAACAAAACGGUGCAGCUGGUGCUGCUGGGUUCGCUGGAUCGGAUCAACAUGACGGAGGCGGACUACGAGCAGCUCAUCGGCGUGGCGGAGCGCAUCCCCCACCCCAAGUACACCUCCAGCUCCACGUACCACGACAUCGCCCUCCUGCGCCUGGAGAGCGACGCCGUCCUCAGCGGCCACGUUCGGCCGGCCUGCCUGCACACCGGGGAGCCCAUGGAUCAGCAGGCCGUGCCCGUCGCCACCGGCUGGGGCUUCACCGACCUGGUCGGCGAGCCUAGCGACGUCCUGAAGAAGGUGGGUCUACGCCUUGUGGCGGACGACGCCUGCCGGUCCAGCUACGCGAGCCACAACCCCACGAGGCUUGCCAACGGCAUAGACUCGGCGUCACAGCUGUGCGCAGGCGGCGAGUUAAACCGGGACACGUGCUUCGGCGACUCUGGAGGCCCGCUACAGGUGUACGCCACCAACACCACGCAGACCCCCGACGAACCCUUCUGCAUGUACAAGAUCCUGGGCGUGACGUCCUUCUCCAAGUUCGCGUGCGGCCUCAAAGACCCCGGCGUGUACACGAGGGUCUCGUCCUACGUGGCAUGGAUCGAGAACAUCGUCUGGCCACAGCAGUGACACAUCAAGAAAAGCUGACAUUAAAAUGGUGAUGUAAAAUGAUUGACAUGAAAACGAUCUCCUCUCCCAUUGACGUCCAUUAUUGACUGGUCCAAAACAGUUAUCAUUCCAACAGUGAUUUUUCUUCCUUUCAAACUUUUUGGAUGCGGUGGGCACGUGAGAUUGAUUUAUCAGAUAGCCGUCCCCGCUUUCUUGCGCGGCGACGUUUCUCGCUCUAUCAAAAUUGUUUCGAUAGCUGUGUUUGGAGCUUUGUAAAGCAAUGAUAUGCAUUUCUGGUAUCAAUUCAAAGCACGCUGGUGUCGAGAUAAAUGAAAAACAAAGACGAAAGAACGUAAGGUAAUGGUCGAAGGGACACUGGUAGAACUCAAGCGUAGUUUUACGCCUUUCUUCAAGCGUAGUAGAACUACGCUCGGUUUCAAGCAUAGUUCUCCAUUUCACCCCUCUCCCGCCUAUAUAAAUGCAUGGGAGAAUUUCU